AUUGAAAAUAUGCUUCUUUUUUUUUGUGCGUUCACAGUGAAAUAAUGCCCCCUUAAUUAAAUACUUGUGCCAAACACUUAACGAAAUAUAAGCCUAUGAUAUAAAUAUUGUAAUUUAAUUUCAAGUCGAAACGCUCAAAUAAAAUUAAGGCGACCCUAUCGUGUCAACUUGCUAUCUUUGAGAGCUUCACAGGGGACAAGCUCGUACGAACAAUGAUCCCGUGAACUGUUUCGAUGUUCGUCUGAGGAUAAACCGGUCUUUAAGAAGCGAACGAGACGAUCGAACCUGUGUCACUGUUCCUGUCCCGAUACCGACCAGCCGACCACUUAUUUUCGGUCCGUCCAAAUUCAAUGGCAGAAGUUACUGGCCGUUUGCCAGCAGUGCUCCAGCGGAGACGUUGGAGCUGCGUAAUCAUCAAGGGUUCAGUAAGCUGCUCAAACGACUCGCCAGAGUGUAAAACAAUUAUUUAAAAAAAAUGAGAUUUUCCGUCAGAAUUUGGACGACAUUUUUCCAUUUAUGAUAUUUUCUUAUAGGAAUAAAAGUAAAUAGACCUUCUUAAUCCAUUAGUUAAGAAAACGUCAAGUAUUUCAAUAUUAAUUUAUUACAUAUCGACGCAGAAGCGAUUUAAGCGGCCUGUGUUUGCCGCGGUUGAAUGUAGCGGGUAUUGCCCCGACGAAUAAUACAAAAAUAAGAUCAAGGAGUGUCAACAGCGUGGGAUAAUCGGGUACCAAAAUGCCACGAAGGACAGUUGCGUUCGAGCAGUUGAGACGGAAGGAUGUAGUAACGUUAAUAAAUAUUCUAUAUCGAAAAUGAUUAAAUAUGCUAAGUGAUUAUCGUGACUGAUUUUAAAAUCACUAGUGGUGUAUUAAUUAAUUCUCAAACAAGUAAAUACCUAACCGAAAGAUAAUUUCUUGUUUUUAGCAUAAAAUAAUAAUAAUAGGAUGCUAAAAAUAAUAUUUAUGUAGCUAAUUAUUUAUACGAUCUUCGUUUAUUUAAUUUUUUAAUUCUUCUAAACAAUGAACGGCGUGUACCAACAUUCAAAAUUGGUAAUGCAAUCAACCACGAGAUGGCUCGCGAAUCGACAGUCAUUUUCCUGUCUGACACUACUGACUAACCUAUGCUCCAACUAGAAGUUUUGUUUGUGACUUUAAAAAAAAUACCAAAUUCAUUUAUUUAUUUAUUUCACCACGAAAAAUUAAUAGAUUAUUCAUACAAGAACCUGCAGAUUAAUUUCGUUUAACAUAAACUUAAUAAACUUGAGAAACCGCCAUAAUGUUUUCGUUGCAUAGAGAACGACAUCUGAGAUACGUUUACUUCAAGGCUAACCGUAGUGUCAAUUUGAAUUCAAGUUUACAGGUGAAAUGGAGUAAUUUUUACUUAGUACGAGCUACACACUUUAAUAAUUGCAGUAAUAGACCGAAAUAUCUGUCUCUGUUAAAAUGUGACAAGCUCUAGCAAAGAGAAUAUUUGUACACGUAUAUAAUAAAUAUAGAAAGUAGUGAAAAUUGUAUAUAAAAUGAUCCCUCUUUUACUUUUAUCUGUACUUCAUUCAUUCGCAUUCGAUGGAAAUACGAUGUUAAAAGAAUUGGGAGAAAAAAGAUACCAAACAAUAAAAGCAAAAUCUACUUUGUCUCAACAUGGAUUAUGUUGGCACAAUGCUCUUAAAACAAUAACAAAUAGCUGUAAUAACUUAAAUGAUCAACAACACUCGCUCUUAGCUCUUCAAUUGGCACAGUGUUUUUUAGAAGACUCUGGACACUCAUCUUACAAUUGUCAUCUUAGUAUGUCAGAAAAGCAACGGCGUGAUUGCAUUAAUAAUAUGUCAGAUAGAGCAUUUAACGUAUACAAUGAAUUUUAUAUACAUACCACGCAUAUCUGUUUUUAUUUAAAUUAUGAGGCUUGGCAAGCUGAAACUGAUAACACGAUUAAGGAAUUGUAUCAAGUUUCCUCAAGAAUGAGGGAACAGUUAUUGGAGGCUUCAGAAAUGCAGGGAGCUAUGCUGGAAACUCAAAGAGAAAGUUUAAAAAUGCAAGAUGAGCUUUUAGUUCACGGAAAACAACUUGGUAUUGUAAUAAAAUCUUCAUCUGCAAGUGUUCAAAAUAUGGUAAAAGAUUUCAAGGAAUCUGCAAAAGACCAAAGAGAAUUAUUAUUUGAGAUUUUUUCGUACUUACGUACUUUUCAAGACUGGAUUUUAGGUGAAAUCUCUUGGUUUCAAUCCAUUAUGUAUUAUACAGUUAGUUGCAUAUUAUGUGCAUUAUUUAGUUCUUCUAAAAGGACUGUGGAUGCUAGAAUUACACUUUUCACGAUUUUAAGUGUAAAUGUUAUAGUAGAACGAAUGUUAGUUCAAUAUUAUAGUAAUAAUACAUCACAUUCCAACAAUAGUAAGGAAAAUUUGAUAAAUACGACAUGGAUGUACCGAAAAAUAGCUUUAAUUCUAUGUGCUAUUUCAUUGUUUUGUACAUACUAUUUUUACAAAGAUGAACAAGUGGAAAACCAUAAAGUAUUAAAACGGAUUGAGCAUCGAUUGAAUACUAUACAGGAAGUUACAUCUGUCUGUAACACUAACUGUUCAAUUCGUAGGUUAUUCUACGCGAUUAGCUAUGAAACGUUUACAGUCAAAGGCAAAUACAGAAAAUAAAGUGGUGAAUUCUUUGUAAUAAAUUUGAGGUAAUUAAAAAAGAAAAAUAAAAUAUACUUUGAUGUAGUGAGGUGGGAUA